AUGAGCGCCGAACUUGGGGAAUUGUCAGACAAAAAUCUUCUACAAAUCAGAAAGCUUAGAUAUCUGUUUGAAAUUAAUGACCCAGAGCUCUCUGUGAGUGAAGUUGAAGAGCUUGUCAAUCUUAGUGAGAAGGAAAGAAUCCCUGAUGAUAUAGUGCAAUCAAACUUGAUUGCUGCCAAGUUUUACAAUUCUAGACAGGAAAUGCAGAAAGUUAAAGAACAUGCAGAAAAAUCAAAGUUUUAUAUGCAAUUCCUUGAGCCUGGAACAAAUGAUCCUUGUCUUGCCGAUUUAGAUAUGCUACUUAGCAAACCUGAACAACAUAGCUCCCGUUUUUUAUUCAAUGGCAUGAAAGGAAAAGAUUCUGGGAUCUUUUCCUCCUCCGAGAACUCUCGUUACAAGUACGAUAAAGAAAUACCAACCCCAAAACUUGAACUUUUUGAUCAUGGUUUUUACAAAUCAACCUGCUUCCAAAACCCCAAGCCAUCUGAGGAACCAAAUGAAUACUGCAUACUCAUCAACCCCACAUUCAAUAAUAAUCAAGGAUGUGUGAUAAUUUCCCCCACAAAUUACUUAAAGGGCUUCUUUCAAGAACACCUAAAGAUGUUUGACAAUCCACCUGAGCAUGAUGCCAUACAUAUUGUUCCUGUGCCUGAAAAAGGUGGUAUGGGAGCAGUGGCUGCCCAAAGAUUUGAGACAGGUGAUAGCAUCCAACAGUUGAACCCUGUUGGACUCUUUCCAUUUGAAGAACCAAUAUGGACAACUCCCUUUGGUCGUAGCAUUCGUCGACAAGCUAUUGACCACUUACCACUUCAAACCCGAGCUGCCAUAUCACAACUUGCUGGCAAGGGUCAAACUGAUGAUGAGUUCACCUCAAGUGUCAUUGACAUAAAUGGCUUUCAAGCAUAUCACAAUGUUGGAGAUCAAAAUCUUAGCUUUUCUGCAGUAUAUUUGAAAGCAUCGUAA